AUGAAAGAUCUUGGUCCUUUACAUUAUUUUUUGGGUGUUCAAGUGACUCGCAAUUCAGAUGGCCUUACACUAUCUCAGGCUAAGUAUGCCCUUGAAAUUUUGGAUCGUGCUCAAAUGAAAGAUUGUAAACCUAUGGGUACACCUAUGAUGCCAAAAACUAAAGGACUCACAAGUGAUGUUCCCUUUCCUGAUCCGGCUCACUAUCGUAGCAUUGUUGGAGCCCUUCAAUAUCUCAGUCUUACUCGCCCUGACUUGGCAUUUAGUGUUAAUUUUGUAUCUCAAUUUUUGCACUCUCCCAGUAUGGCUCAUUACAAAAUGGUAAAGCGUAUCCUUCGUUAUUUGCAUGGUACUCUUGAUACUAGCCUUCAUUUUAGUUCACAUUCUACAUUAAAACUUUGUGCCUUUUCCGAUGCAGAUUGGGCAGGCUGUCCUCUUACUCGUCGCUCUACUACAGGCUAUUGCAUCUUCUUAGGAAGUAACUGCAUUUCCUGGUCUGCCAAGAAACAAAAUACAGUAUCUCGAUCAAGUUCUGAAGCAGAAUAUCGUGCGAUGGCCAGCACCACUGCAGAACUCACUUGCAUUUCUUUUCUACUGCGAGACCUUGGUGUUACUCUCCCUUCAGCACCAAUCCUUUUUUGCGACAAUCUCAGUGCAUUACACAUGACAGCCAAUCUUGUUUUCCAUGCACGCAGCAAACAUAUUGAAAUCGAUUAUCAUUUCGUACCCGAGCGUGUUGCUUUAGGUCUCCUCCAUACUCGACACAUUCCAGCCUCUUCACAACUUGCGGAUAUUUUCACCAAGCCUCUUGGACGUCCUGCGCUUCAAUCUUUACGGACCAAACUUGGCCUCAUACUUCGGCUCAGUUUGCGGGGGACUAUUGACGAUAAUCAAGUCUUUACACCAACGGCUACAAAACCAAACAUGGAAACUAAGGCAACUCAACCUCAGUCUUACCAAGACCAAAGACAGCAGAUCACACCAACGGACACAAAAGCUAUACAAGGAAACAAUACUCAACGGCUACAAUCCUAA